AUGGAAAGAAUAAACAACGUGACUGUAUUUGUUUUCUUGGGUCUUUCUCAGAACAAAGAAGUACAAGAAGUAUGUUUCUUGGUGUUUUCUUUGUUCUACACAAUUAUUCUUCUGGGAAACCUCCUUAUCAUGCUGACAGUUUAUGUGGGUAACCUUUACAAGUCUCCUAUGUAUUUUUUUCUCAGCUAUUUGUCAUUUGUGGAUAUUUGUUACUCUUCUGUUACAGCUCCUAAAAUGAUUGUUGAUCUGUUAUCCAAGACAAAAACCAUUUCCUAUGUGGGGUGCAUAUUGCAAGUCUUUGGGGUACACUUUUUUGGUUGCACAGAGAUAUUUAUUCUCACUGUAAUGGCCUAUGAUCGAUAUGUGGCCAUAUGUAAACCCCUGCACUAUAUGACUAUCAUGGACCGGGAGAGAUGCAAUAAAAUGUUGUUGGGAACCUGGAUAGGUGGUUUUAUUCACUCUAUUAUCCAAGUGGCUUUAGUAGUCCAGUUGCCUUUUUGUGGACCCAAUGAGAUUGAUCACUAUUUUUGUGAUGUUCACCCUGUGUUAAAAGUGGCAUGUACUGACACAUAUGUAGUUGGAGUUGUUGUCACAGCCAACAGUGGCACUAUUGCUCUGGGUAGCUUUGUAAUUUUGCUCUUCUCCUACACAGUCAUCCUUAUCUCCCUGAGAAAGCAGUCAGCAGAAGGUAGACGCAAAGCUCUCUCCACCUGUGGUUCCCACAUUGCUGUGGUCAUCAUCUUUUUUGGUCCUUGUACAUUCAUGUAUAUGCGUCCUGAUAUCACCUUUUCAGAGGAUAAGAUGGUGGCUGUAUUUUACACCAUUGUCACACCCAUGUUAAAUCCUCUCAUUUAUACACUGAGGAAUGCAGAAGUAAAGAAUGCAAUGAAGAAGCUUUGGAGCAGGAAGGUUUUUUGGGAGGUAACUGGUAAGUAG